CGAGCGCAGGAAGGGAGCGCCCGGCGGGGCGGGAGGGAGCGGCCGGAUCCGGCGGGGCUGGGGCCGGGGCUGCCGGCCCGCAGAGCCCGCGGGACGCCGGCGGCAGCGGCCAUGGCUUUCGGGAAGGCUCCGCGGGACGCGUUCGGCACGGCCGUGGGCAGCCUGGUGGAGCGGGCCACGCUCGGGUCGCUGCAGACGGAGGAGUGGGGACAGUUCAUGCACAUCUGCGACGUGAUCAACGCCACCGAGGAGGGGCCUAAAGAUGCAGUUAAAGCACUGAAGAAGAAGCUUUCAAAAAACUGUAACCACAAGGAGAUCAGGCUUACCUUGUCUCUGCUUGAGAUGUGUGUGGAGAACUGUGGCCCGAGAUUCCAGUCGUUAGUUGUGAAGAAGGAUUUCUGCAAAGACAGGCUGGUGAAACUGCUGAACCCAAGGUACAACCUGCCCAUUGACAUGCAGGAGAAAAUCCUGACCUUCAUCAUGGUUUGGGCACGAGGUUUUCAAGGGAUGGUGGAUGUGAGCGAAGUAAAAGAGGUUUACCUAGAACUGCUGAAGAAAGGAGUGGAGUUUCCAUCCUCUGACACCAGCACUGGUGGAUCCAAGAUUUCACCUGGGCCUUGUGCAAAGCCCUCCCCAUCCUCUGCCAGCCCUGCCAGGCGUUCCCUGCUGCCUCUCCCCACGGGCCCCACGCUGUUGCUGACUCCGGAGCAGAUUGGGAAGCUGUACAGUGAACUGGAUAUGGCAAAAAUGAACGUGAGAGUCAUGUCAUCAAUACUGAAAGAAAAUGUUCCUGGCUCUGAAAAUCUGGAUGAUAUGAAUCUUUUACAGAAAUUGUACAAGACGUGUCGGAUGAUGCAGGAGAGGAUCAUGGAAUUGUUGGUGACAGUGGAGAAUGAAGAUGUGAUUGUUGAGCUAAUACAAGUAAAUGAAGAUCUGAAUAAUGUCCUCUUGGGACAUGAAAGGUUCUCACGGAACAGAGUUCGUUUCCUGGAGAACCAGAGGAUACAGCGGGAGCGGGAGGAGCUGUACAGGAAACAGCCAUCUGCUCCCUCAAGUGAUCUACUUGGCCUCUCCAUAGAUUCUCCAUCUUCUGUGGUGCAAAGUGACCCUGCAGUGUCUCCUGCAGGAAAUGGCCUAUCUGCACACCCUGAAGAUAAAGCCAGGCCUCAUCCAUCAAUUUACCCACAGCUGGAUUCAGCAGCUCCUACAAAAGCUCAUCAAUCUUUAUUUACAGCUGAAGCACAAGACAAUAGUUCAAGCAGCCCAGCUGGACACACAUACAGCAAUGUGAACAUCUACAGCAAUCUGACGACUCUUUUAAGCCCAGUGCCUCUGAAUCCAAUAAAUCUGCAGGCUGGACAGACUGUGCCAUCAAAUGGACCAUCACCAACAGCUACAUCAAAAAACAAGUCGCAGUCACCUCAUUACUAUGAGAUAAUGGAAUUCGAUCCCUUGGCUCCCACUGAACCUAUUUAUGAAGAAAUCGAUGCUGUGCUGAAGACAGAAGUUAAAAACAACACAGACUGAAGGUAGAGGUGGAAUCCUUUCCUGAACACUCCCUGGUGCUGGUGCUGUGCAGUGCUUCCUGUGACUACAAGUGAAUAACAGAAGAGGUUUUGCAUUUUGACACAGUAAUUAGUGUUGGAGUACUAAGCUGUGUGCAAGUUCAAGAGUUACUCAGCUCUACACCUGAACAAUUUGUCCUGAAUGUUCAGCUGUGUGUUCUUCAAGGUCACUUGCAUGGUUAUUUUGAAGUAUUUUAGGGGCCUGUAAAAUGUGACUUCCAAAUUCACCUGUGUAUGGAGUAACACUUGACACGUGGCACAAGUAAACAAAAAAGACAUUACAUUCACAGGAACUGCAGAAUGCAGUUUCUCUUUUGGCCUCACUGCUAUAUUCAUCUCCCUAGAAAUAUUUAAGGAGCUUUUGAGAUUUUUUUUUUCUAGAAUUGGCCUCUUGAUAGAUGUCUGAAGACAUGCAGUGUUACUUUCCUACAUCCUUCAUACAGAUUUUCCUUUUUUAUUUUCUUCUUAAAAAUCCACAGUAUAGUUGGAUUUUUUUGUCUUGGGGAGAACCUAAGCUGGGACACAAAGUGCUGUUAUCUGUAAUUAACAGAACAGGAAAAAAAACCUGCUUGUUCCUAUGUGGUUGUUGUUGCUUUUAUUUACUCAGUAAAUAUUGGAGGAGGAUCAAUUAUUUCUUUCAAUGUUCCUGCCCUGCAGAAAUGUUCUGGUGAAGGAAAGAUUAAUUAUCUACAAUGCAGAUGAGCAAUAGUUACCCAUUUACUUUAAUUAAGUUGUUUAAUCCUGUUAAUAACUGUUUUCUUUUAGUAAGUGCCUUAUCUAUUUUCAUGCUGAAUGUAAACUGUGCACUUUAACAGGUAUAGUUCUCUGAAUUUAUAGCUCAUACAAAAUUUGAGACCUUAGUUCAUGUUCAUACCAGAUAAGCUACUUUUUUUUUGUGAAAUAACUGCAUUUUAAACAUUCCUUAUGUUAACUGUUUAAGGGAUAAGAAGUUCUCAGCUGCUUUUGCAAUUUUUGUAGCAUAAAAUUCCAAAUAAAAGCAAAUGCUUACUGAGAAGUAAA